AUGUUGGACAUGGGAGAUAGGAAGGAAGUGAAAAUGCUGCCCAAGUCCUCUUUCAGCAUCAACAGCCUGGUGCCCGAAGCCGUGCAGAACGACAACCACAGCGGCCACAGCCACCACAACAGCCACCAUCCGCACCACCACCACCACCACCACCACCACCACCCGCCGCCGCCGCAACAGCCCCAGCGCGCUGCUGCGGCCGAAGACGAGGACGAGGAGAAGGCGCCGUUGCUGCUGCCGCCGCCCGCCGCCGGCGCCCUGGAGGCGGCCAAGGCCGAGGCGCUGGCGGGGAAGGGCGAGGCGGGCUCGGCGGCGGCGGAGCUGGAGGAGAAGGAGAAGGCGGCCGAGGAGAAGAAGGGGACGGCCGACGGGGGCAAGGACGGGGAGGGCGGCAAGGAGGGAGAGAAGAAGAACGGCAAGUAUGAAAAGCCACCGUUCAGCUACAACGCACUCAUCAUGAUGGCUAUCCGGCAGAGCCCCGAGAAGCGCCUGACGCUCAACGGCAUCUACGAGUUCAUCAUGAAGAAUUUCCCAUACUACCGGGAGAACAAGCAGGGCUGGCAGAACUCCAUCCGCCACAACCUCUCUCUCAAUAAGUGCUUCGUCAAGGUGCCCCGCCACUACGACGACCCGGGCAAAGGGAACUACUGGAUGCUGGACCCGUCCAGCGACGACGUCUUCAUCGGAGGCACCACCGGCAAGCUGCGCCGGCGCUCCACCACUUCGCGGGCCAAGCUGGCCUUCAAGCGCGGCGCCCGCCUCACCUCCACCGGCCUCACCUUCAUGGACCGGGCGGGGUCCCUCUACUGGCCCAUGUCCCCCUUUCUGUCCCUGCACCACCCGCGGGCCAGCAGCACGCUGAGCUACAACGGGACUGCGUCCGCCUACCCCAGCCACCCCAUGCCCUACAGCUCGGUGUUGACUCAGAACUCCUUGGGGAACAAUCACUCCUUUUCCACGUCCAACGGGUUGAGCGUCGAUAGACUCGUCAACGGGGAGAUCCCCUACGCCACUCACCACCUCACGGCCGCCGCCCUGGCCGCCUCGGUGCCGUGUGGCUUGUCGGUCCCCUGCUCCGGCACCUACUCCCUAAACCCCUGCUCCGUGAACCUCCUGGCGGGACAGACGAGUUACUUUUUCCCCCACGUCCCUCACCCCUCAAUGACUUCUCAGAGCAGCACUUCAAUGACGGCCAGGGCCGCCUCUUCGUCCACAUCGCCGCAGGCACCCUCCACCCUGCCGUGCGAGUCUCUAAGACCCUCUUUGCCGAGUUUCACGACGGGACUGUCCGGAGGACUCUCCGAUUAUUUCACACAUCAAAAUCAGGGGUCUUCUUCCAACCCUUUAAUACAUUAA